AUGGAUAUACAUGGUCUAAAUUAUACUCUUGGUGAAGAUGUUAAUGGUCCUCUACUAGCAGCUGCACUUGCUGUAGAAAUGAUUGCUGCAUUGAUCGUUAAUACUUUUGUUCUUGUUGCUACUUUUUCUCAAUGCAAAUCCUUAAAGUUGCCAUCUACAAUACUCUUUACUUCUCUGAUUAUGAUACAUUAUGUAAUGGCCCUCAUAUACAUUCCAUCUUGGCUCAUAUCAGCAGCAUAUGGAGAAUGGAUCUUUGGCAAUACAAUGCAAGUAAAAGAGGCAACCUGCAAUUUUGCUGGAUUUAUACUGAACUAUAACAUAACUUUCAUAAAUGCUACACUAGCUGCUAUAUCUGUUGAUCGUUGGUUAUUCAUUGUCAAGCCUAUCUUUUACAAGCAAUACAUGAAAGCUAAGGUAGCUCUGAUUGUCGUUGCUAGUACCUGGAUAACGUCUACAUUAUUGAACGUACCACCAUUCUUUGAAAUGGGAAAAUAUGUUUUCUCCCCUUUUGGAUCUUGCGAAGUGAAAUUUGAAAAUGAAGCUAGUUUUAGUUUUUUGCUUCUAGUAGUCUUUUUUACUGAAGCAAGCAUUAUCAUAGUUUCAUCAAUUUGGACGUGUUGCUUCACAAGAAGAUUCAUCCGGGAACAUGCUCAAUUAGCAGAUGAGAGUGCAUACGUGUCAAAGAAUAGAAGAAUCAUAGGAAUAUUUGGAGCAAUGCUUGUUGCAUAUGGGCUGCGCUGCAGCGCAGCAACCAUUUAUAAUGGUGAGCAAAGGCCAAGGCUUUUUAGUGAUUACCACUUUAACAAUUUUCUCAAACAGGAAGAGUAUCAAUUACAAGCUGUUGAAGAAUCUCGAUCUGAUGAACCUGGAGCCGUUGUCGUCUCUGAACAAUCACCAGUGGGCUUAACAAUAUCGCCUAGUAGUAGCUCUGUUCUUCCUGAGCUUGAAGCUGUUCAUGGUAUCAUUGAUGCUGUGACUUUGAAACGUAUCAUGAAAAAGAGGCCCAAUGUUAAGAUAAUUCCACUUCUUAUUUGCUUUGCUGGUUUGCCAGAGAGUGCCAAAAAGGAAGCACUUCAAGAGAUAUUCAAGACUCCAAUCACUGCAGGGUUCUCAUCUCAUCAUAUCUUGGCUACUAAUAGGUCUAACUAUGAAAUCGCUUGCGUAUACUCAACCUCAAUGCUGUACAACUUUGGUGUCCAAUCUUGCCAAUUUGCCAGAAGUUCCGAAGAAAUUUUAUACAAAGUUCCUACUGAACAGCCUUUGCGGAUUUACAAAGAUGCAUUACUUAACAAGCACAUGAAAGAACUAUUGGCUCACUUACAUCAAUACAGCAGCCGGUUUUGUGACAAACAAAAUUUGGACUUCGUUUUUACCAUAACAAGAGGUGCAACUCUAAUUAAUAUUUGGGACGUAACACUCAACACUAAUGUCUUUUACUUUUUGAGAGCAUUUAGUGGCCACUUGAUAAAUAGUCGUAUGUGGCUUUUUGCUGAUUUAGAUAAAGUUUCAGAUAACUCUAAUAAAAAAGCAAACGAAAAAGAAGGAAAGCUUCAGAUAUGGCAGAAACCAUUGGAUUAUCUCCUUCGCUGCAUGCGACUUUGUAAAGGAGUUACUACUCAUAAGCGACCGUGCACAGUAUUUGCUUCACACAGCGGAGAGGAUAGUGAUAAAGAAAUUGAAACCAAAAUGAAAAUAUUUGAAGAAGAUUUGCAACGAGUGGCCAGACAGUUAAAUGUCACAGAAUUCAAAGAUCAAACCUUACCUUUCAACAAGAAAGUGCAAGGUAAUUAUUUCCUUCGGUUUUUAAAGAAUUUUCUGGGUAAUGUUUAUAGAAGAACACAUGUUCCAGUUACAUGGUUAUUUUUUCGCGGUGCUCUAGAACAUAAGGAGGGCAUGUUUAUGAGGAAGGCUGAGUUACGUCAGCUUGCUGAGGAAUGCGAUAUGAAUGAUGAGGAUUUCAAAGAGUUUUGUGAACUAUUCACAUCAUUUGGCAGCAUCUUUGAUCUUAGUCUUGUGGAUGAUACCAGCGAUAUUAUUAUUAUCAAACCUAAUGAAUUUUUAUCUAAUCUCAAUAAAUCAUUUGACAACCCUCCAGAUUCUAAGGUGUACACUGAAAAUGGCAUCAUCACCGAAACAACAGCUAGAGAAAUGUUUGGGGCAAAUCAAGGAGAGACAUUUAUGUCAGUUUUAGCAUUAGUUGGCAUGGUAGCAGUGGUACCAGGGGGAAAAUAUGCUCAAGAUGAGACCCAUGAAGUUUGUUAUUACAUGCCUUGUGCUCGAAAGCAUAAGCAAGAGCGCUUCAUAGACAAGGAGGCAGUCAGACUACUACGAAAUAAUAGACGUCCUAUAAACUUUGUCAAUUUUGAAGUUGCUUUUACUAAUUGCAUGUUGAAGCACAGUUUUGCACAACUUCAAUCGUCAACUGAUGAAAAUCGUACCAUUAUAAAAUGCACAGAUAACAACAGCAUAAUAACAAUGACCUUCAGAGGUGAUGAAACUGAAAUUAAAGUUAUGCCUCCUUCAAAAAAGCACACCUUGUAUGUUGUUCAGGCAUUCAAAGAAAUAGCAGAAAUUAUCGAUAAAAAGAAGGGCCGUGGACGUUUCAGUUAUGCUUUUGCUAUUAUGUGCUCAAAAAAUGAAAAAGAGUAUCACCGACUUCCACAUGACGUCAAGUUGUGUGACGAAUGUAAGUCAAAAGCAGAGUAUAGUGACUGGAUAGAAGCAUUGACUGAGGAACCAAUACCUGAAAAGUUUAAAUUUGUGACUGAUAUUGAAUUUGAUGAUGUCAUUUUUGUUACAAAAGAAUUAGUAGCAUGUUGUGACCAAGAAAUGCUGACUGAUUUAUUCAAGAAAUGCUUUGAUGCUGACUACAAGGAGUCACUACCACCUUGGUUGAAUGUCCUCAAUCAACUAACUAACUGGAUAACACAAGAUUUAUCAAAUGUGCCAAACAGUUCAGCAACAAAGGCUGAGCUUGCAGCAAAACUGAAUGAAUGGAGCAGCACAAAAGAUGGCAAAAUCAAGGCACUGGUGAAAAGGUUGUGUGACUACAAUAUAGCUCCAAUAAUUAUUAAUGUGACCUAGAUCUAGUCAUUGCUGAUGUGUUCUUUCAUUUUUGCUAGUAAACUUUACCAAUUGUAGUUUAUAUCUUUAGAAUAGAUUUAAUUUAUCCCCA